UGUUCAAAUUGAUUGAUAUAUCUAUAGAUUGAUUGAUUAAUGAGUGGUUAAGAUGAAGAUAAAUGAGCGGACAUUAGUACAGGCGGUGCACUCAAGACAGACACCAAUAGACAGAUGCGGAUGGCUUUACAAGAGGGGAGAAGUGAACAAAUCGUUUCAGAAGAGAUGGUGUGUAUUGAAAGGAAAUCUGUUUUAUUACUUCGAGAAGAAGACUUCAAGCGAACCAAUUGGUGUCAUCAUUCUCGAGGGCUGUCGUAUAGAAGUGGCCGAACACGAGACGGAAAUGUUUGCCUUCAAUAUUGACUUUGGAUGCGACCAACAAAUGUCGGCACAAAGUCAAAGCUCAACACAAUUGAGGACAUAUGUGUUCGGCACUGAUUCACAGCAAGACAUGGAGUCAUGGAUGAAGGCGUUGAGUUGUGCCUCAUAUGACUACUUAAAGAUGAUUGUUACCGAACUUCAGACCAAACUCGAUGACAUAAACCAAUUGAAAGCUAAGCGCCAAUCGAGGGAUUGCGCCAGUAGUGGUCAACCAGCCGUUCGGGUCAAUCCAUUUGAUAACGAAGGGCCCGAUUUGCUUGACCUGAGAUCAGCACAAAGUUCACAGUCGGACACUGGUAUGCAAUUCACGCGCCGCGCGUUCGCUGAGAUUCACGAGUUUUAUGGACUCAAAUUUCGGGAUUAUAUCCAACAAAAUAAAGACAAACAUAAAGACGAGUCAAUGACUAAACAUUAAGAUUUGGCUACCAUUUGAUUCCUUUGGUUGCUUUUAUUGUGUAUUAUAUAUUAAAUCGCAUUUUUAUAUAUUUUUUAAUAAUUA